AUGGCUUCUUCAAUCCCGUCAGGAGUCCCUUGGGCUGACCGAGUAUCCGUCACCGCCAUGGACAUGGGCAUCCGCCCUUACCUUAUUCCACUCUUUGUGUGCGUCCUUGCUUGCUACUACCUUUUCGGCACGAAAAGCAGCGAGUUCGAGUUGAUCAAUCCUCGAAAGCCCUUCCAGUUCACCGACGUCGAGGCCAAAAAACACUUCCAGACCCAUGCGAAAAGACUGAUACAUAAAGCCCUUGACGCGGCCCAUGGCAAGCCGUACAGAGCCAUCACCGAGAUCGGCGAAACCAUCGUGUUGCCCAACAAGUACGCCCAGGAGGUUCGCAAUAUCCCCGAGCUAAGUUUCGACUCGGCCAUUAGACACGAAUUCCACACGCACCUAUCCACCUUCGAGACCUUCAGGGCCGGCACCAACGGCCAACAGCUGGUCAGGUUCGUCGCACAAAGACAACUGACACAGAAGCUUGGGCAUGUGACACAACCGCUCUCUGACGAAUGUACAGCCACGUUGCAAGACCUCCUGGGAGAUAGCAAAGAAUGGCAUGAGAUACAGCUCAAGGACACCAUGCUGAUGCUCGUGGCUCGCAUCUCAUCCAGAGUCUUUCUGGGGGAGGAGUUGUGCCGCAACCCGGAGUGGCUGAAGAUCACCAUCGACCAUACGGUUUCCCUAUUCACGUCUGCCAGGCAGCUACGAGUCUACCCUUAUUUGUUGCGCCCGAUCGCGCAGAUGUUCCUGCCUUUGGCGCGGGAUACGCGCCAGCAGGUCAGGGAUGCUCGACGCGUCAUCCAGCCGGUGCUCGACAAGCGACGCGCCACCAAGGCGGCCAUGAUUGCCGAGGGCAAAGAUCCCAAGGAGCUGAACGACGCGAUGGAGUGGUUCGAGCAGACCGCCAAGGGCCAACCCUAUGACCCCGCGCUCAUGCAGCUCAACUUGUCCACGGCUGCUAUCCACACCACUACCGAUCUCAUCAUGAAAGUCCUUGCCGAUAUCAUCGCGCACCCAGAUAUCAUUGAGCCCCUGCGAAAGGAAAUGGCCGAGGUUAUCGGGAGGGACGGCUGGAAGAAGACUUCACUGUACAAUUUGAAGUUGCUCGACAGCGUUGUCAAGGAAACGCAGCGUGUGAAGCCGGUCGCGAUAGCCUCGAUUCGACGCUACAUUGAGAAGGACACCAAGCUCUCCGACGGCACCGUCCUCCCCAAGGGAAACUUCAUCAUAGUCUCAGCCGAGAAGAUGUGGGAUCCGGAGGUCUACAGCGACCCGCAGGAAUGGGACCCCUACCGCUUCCUCAAGAUACGCCAAGACCCGGGCAAUGAGUCCUGGGCACAGCUGGCGAGCACCAGUCCCGAGCACAUGGGCUUCGGUCACGGCCAGCACGCUUGUCCCGGCCGCUUCUUCGCUGCCAACGAGGUCAAGGUCGCGCUCGUCCACCUGCUGAUGAAGUACGACUUCAAGUUCAGCGAGGCCGGGGAGCCCAAGGUCUUCCCCUAUGGAUGGUCUAUCGUGGCCGAUCCACGCGCGAGAUUGAUGGUGAAGAGGAGACAGGAGGAGAUAGAGCUCUGA